AUGGACUCCCCAUUAUCCCCACCACCACUCAGCAUCGCCAUCAUCGGCGCCGGAAUCGCCGGAGUAACACUAGCCAUCGCCCUCUCAGAACACAAUCCCAACCUCUCUCUCACCAUCUACGAAUCCCGCCGCGAAUUCAGUGCGGUCUCAGCCGGCGUAGGCUUCGGCCCCAAUGCCCUCAAAGCCAUGGCCUUGAUAUCCCCCAAGCUGAUCGCGGCGUACGACCAAGUGAAGACGCCAAAUCUCUGGCCAGAGAAGGAUCAUCUGUGGUAUGAGUUCCGGUGGGCUGAUACGGGAAAGCUGGUGCUGCAGGUGGAGAGUGAGAAGGGGUUUGCCCAUUGUAAUGCGAGUAGAGUGCAUUUAUUGGCGAGCUUGGCGGCUAUAGUCUCUGGGACGGUGAAGGUUGAGUUUGGGAAGAGGCUCAUUGAUGUGCAAGACUCCGAAGACGCCGGGUUUGGUAAUGGAGGAACGGGGAAAACUAGAAUCCGGUUUGAGGAUGGCACAGAUGCGUUUGCGGAUGCGGUUGUGGGGUGUGAUGGGAUACGGAGCGCGUGUAGACAGAUUCUUCUGGGUGAGGAUGAGAAGAGCGCGCAUGCUGUGUAUAGUGGCAAGUAUGCGUAUAGGAAAAUGGUACAGAUGAAGAAGGCAAUUGAAGCUGUUGGGCCUGAUGUCGAGAAUCGUCAGAUUUAUUUAGGGAAGGGAAGGCAUGUGCUAACAUUUGCAAUUCGCGGUGGACAAAUGCUCAACAUCGUCGCUUUCAAAGAUAGUGGAGGAGCGCCAUGGACGCAGAGACAAUGGGUUGUUACAAGUUCGCGAGAGGCUUUACUAAAGGAUUUCGCAGGCUGUGGUGAUAGGGCUUCCAAGAUAUUAGAGCUUAUCGACGAACCCGAAAAAUGGGCAUUGUUCAACCACCUUCCGGCACCCACCUAUGCUAAAGGUAACCUUUGCAUUCUUGGAGAUGCAGCACACGCCACUACUCCCCACCUUGGCUCCGGCGCAGGUUGUGCAAUCGAAGAUGUGCACCUCCUCUCCGGCCUUCUAACACCCUCCUUAAUCAAAUCCGCCUCAGACAUAAAAUGUGCAUUCCUUGCCUACGACGCUCUCCGUCGACCCAGGUCGCAGGACUUGGUGAGGAAAUCACGAGCACAGGGACAUAUAUUACAACUUGAGAGCGAGUUGCCAGAUCUUGCGAAUGGGAAUAGGGAGGCAUGGCAGGAGUAUUUGGAAAGGGAGAUGGAUGUUAAUCCGCGUUGGGUAUGGAAUGUGGAUUUAGAGGGUAUGUUGGUGCAAGCGAGAGAGUUAUUUGAGAGUAUUCGGCAGGGUGAGAAAUGUGCUGUGGACGCUUAGACCUGAAAAGGGAAAGGUUGGCUGUGUUAGGUGAGAGUCAACGAUCGAAUUGUAUUUCAUGAAGUAGACUGUUACUGGG